GCUAUAGCUGACGAUGGCGGAGAUGACGACGACGUUCUGCAAGAUAUUAUCAGGGAUUCUAUGACGAAGAGGGAUGUGAAAGAGGGAACGGAGGUUAUGAAGAAGACGAAGGGCAAGAAUAAGCUUGUGAAGGGGGAGAUUGGAGGUGGUAGUUUCCAGAGCAUGGGUUUACAUCCGUGGCUCCUCCGUUCACUCACCCUCCAGGGUUUCCGGACCCCUACACCUAUCCAACGACAAUCAAUCCCCGUCCUUCUGUCUAAUCCUCCAAGAGAUCUUGUAGGCAUGGCACGAACAGGUUCUGGGAAAUCGCUCGCGUUCCUCGUGCCUCUCAUUCAACGAUUAGGCGGACGACAUGCUACUUCGUUUGGUGCUCGUGCCCUUAUCAUGCUGCCAGCUCGUGAACUGGCGUUGCAGGUCAUGAAGGUCGGGAAGGAACUCGCGAGAGGGUGGAGAGAGGGAGAUGGAGGACACGCUGGUGAUAAAGACAAUGAUGAUGCAGAGGAUGGGAAGAGAGGACAAGCAUUGAGGUGGGGGCUGAUUGUGGGUGGAGAGGGUUUGGACGAGCAGUUUGAGAUGAUCUCAAGUAACCCUGACGUCAUCAUCGCCACACCCGGUCGUCUCCUCCAUCUCAUCGUCGAAAUGAAUCUUGACCUCCGGUCCGUCCAAUACGUAGUCUUCGACGAAGCCGACCGUCUUUUCGAAAUGGGGUUCGAGACCGCUCUCACCGAAAUCGUCAGUCGUCUCCCUCCAACCCGUCAAACCCUUCUCUUCUCCGCCACACUCCCCAAAAGUCUCGUCGACUUCGCGAAAGCAGGCCUCGACAAUCCGAAGCUCGUCCGAUUGGAUGCGGAGAGCAAGAUCAGUUCCGAUUUGAGAAUGGCGUUCUUUUCAGUCAAGCAGACGGAGAAAGACGCCUCAUUGCUCGCGUUGUUGCGGGACGUUAUCUGCGUCCCUCUAGGACAGAAUAAUCCCGACAAGGCGGAAGAAGAUGGAGAGAAGCAGAAGAAGGGGAAAGGGAAAGGAAAGAGUGGUGGGCCUCAGCUCACAGCACCUCAUCAGACCCUCGUCUUCGCCGCCACCAAACAUCAUGUCGAGUACCUCACCAACCUGCUGAUCACCGCCGGCUACUCCGUUUCGCACAUCUACGGGUCGUUGGAUCAAGCCGCUCGCACGCAACAGAUGGACUUCUUCCGUCGAGGAGUGACCAAUGUCCUCGUCGUGACAGAUGUUGCUGCUCGUGGUAUCGAUAUCCCAGUUCUUGAGAACGUGGUGAAUUACGACUUCCCGCAGGGUGCGAGGGUAUUCGUGCAUCGUGUAGGAAGGACGGCCAGAGCUGGAAGACAGGGAUGGGCUUGGAGUUUCGUCAGUCCCGUUGAGUUGCCUUAUUUGCUCGAUCUUCAGCUCUUUCUCGGGAGGCCAAUCAAGAGCGAGGCCACUGCGUCAGAGGAGCAGGGGAAGGGCGAGAGCUUAUAUACGGAGUCGUUGAUGCUGGGCACGUUCACUAGGGAGAAGAUGGACGAGGAGGUGGAGUACAUUCGCUCGUUGGACGAGGCGAACCAUUCGCUUCCUGUAUUGAGGGAUGUCAUGAGGAAGGGUCAAGGGAUGUAUGAGAGGAGUAAGGGUAAGGCGAGUCAGGCGAGUUAUAAGAGGGCGAAGGAUAUGAUGAAGAAGCCGGGGGCUUGGGGCCUCAUUGGGGCUGGUGCAGAGGGAGGCUCACAUCCUGUUCUGAGGUUGAAGGGGAUCGGCGCGGCCACGGGAGGACAAGAGGAUGUGAAGAGGAGGGAAGAACAGAGGGAGGCAGAGGAGAAGAGGAGGUUGCUGUUGAGGACGGUCAACUCAUUCCGGCCUGCGGAGACCGCUCUGGAGAUUGGAACGCGAGGGAAGACGGGAAAUGCGGCUCUGAUGAAGGAUAGGAGGAAGGCACUGUCCAAGGCGGUCGAGAGAGCAGCCAUGGCAUCCACGUCAGCGUCAGCUAUAGUUGAGGACGACUCCGACGAAGAGGAUGGGAUCGAAGGCGGAGGGGAAGUAGAGGGAUUAGAGAUGGCGGACGAGGCAGAUAUUGCGGCUGUCUUCGACACCACAACGAAAAAGCGAAAAGAUGGCUAUCGCGACGAGGAAUUCUACAUGUCGCAUUACCAAAAAGAUGCCGACACAGAGAAAGGGUACUCUCUACGCGAUAAUGCCACAUUCGCUGAGCAGGCGCGCAACGCCACUUUCGAUCUAACCACCGACGAAGGUGUAGCUGCUCAAAAACGUGCCUACUCCCAAACGACUUGGGAUAAGAAAAAGAAGAAGUUCGUCAAAGGCGACGGAGCUGGCGCCGACAACGUCAAAAUGGUCAGAACCGAGAGCGGAACCAAGUUGCCAGCCACGUAUCGCAGCGGACGCUUCGACGAGUGGAAGGCGAAGAGCAAGUUCAGUUUGCCCAAGGUCGGGGAAAUGGAGGAUUCGAGGUUCACCGGUGCAGGUCCGGCAGGGAAGGGAGGAAAGAGGUUCAAGCAUCAACAGGUCACUCAAGCAAAGCCUCUAGACAAGCUUCACAAGGGCUAUGAGAGGAAGGUCAGGCAAAUCAAGAAGGGUGCAGAGGCUGCGGGACCGACCGAGGGAGAGGGGGCUGGAGGUAGGGGUAAAGGAAAGGGAGGUAAACCGACUGGUGGUCGGUAUGGGGGGAAGUCGAUGGGUAGAGUCAAGAAUGAGCUCAAGUCGGUGGAGCAGAUCCGGAGAGACAGGAAGAUGUCAGACCAGAGGAAAGCGAAGAAUGCGAGGCCGAGCAGGAAGAAGGGCAAGCGGUAAUAU